UGCGCCCUUCUGAGUGGUCUGGCGAGGAAUGGAAAGUUCAGACGAAAGAGCCAGGAUAAGGGCCGACCCCAGAAGAGAUGAACGUCGUUUGAUCGGCCGGUGACGUUAUACGGAGCACACGUGGGGAGUAAAGAAUCAUUGCGGGGAUGCCCCUGCUUCCCGCCCCAGACCUAACUGAUGGUCAUGGCUUUGCGGUUGUUUGACGGCCAGGGCAGGGUAGCCCAAGAGGCAGCUGCAGGGGCGUCCGACACAAAACGCGGACUGUGUCAGUCGCGAUGCCGUCGACUGCACCUCCUCUACCUCAGCCCUCCAGCGGCUGAUGGAAUGGGAAAGGCUGGCUUCAUGCUCGACGAACAUGACACGGCGAACACAGCACCGCCGUUGCUCUUGUGGCGCCGUGCACGCCAGCAGAGAGCUACCACUCGGAGGACGGAACUUGCCCUUUCUUACCGUACUGUGUAUGCCUUGCGCGAGGGCCUGGCAGCAUGCAAAGGCAUGCGCGGCGAUGGGGUCCCGCUGCAUCGUCGCUGGUGCUGGUGCUGGUGCUGGUGCUGGUCUAGACUCGACACACAGAGAGAGAUGAGCCGAGUACGAAUACCGGCGGUAGAGUGUAAGGCCGUUGACGUGCGCGCACCCACCACCCACCACCACCUGCGCCCAGGCCUCCCUACCCACCGAUUCCACGGCCCCAGCUCUAGUGAAUCGGCUCGGACUCGGAGAAAUUGGCUGAUCCUUGUAGUUCUAGAGGCGCUCGUUCUAGACCGGCGAGCCAGGCCAUGUUUUCUUCUCGUUGGAGCUCGCCGGCCGUCGAGAAAAAGGCUCGACGUUGGAGGCGCCCUGGCUUCGCGCCUGCUUUCGGCCACGUAUUUUCUGGGCGUGGGCGGCGAUCGAAGAGCAGGCCUCCAGGGGAAAUACGGGGAACCGAACCAGAGCGAUGGCGAGGUUGGAUUCUAGCUCUCUUGCCCCAACCCAAGAGUGUGCGUCCCCACGUUUUGGCCUGAAGAGAACCAGCGACUGGCGCGCUCGGAAUACAACCCAACCCUCCUUCCCCGCAAAAACCCUCACCCUCCUGGGCUUUUUAAGCUUUGGGAGAUCCGACAAGUGCCGUCGCCAGAACGGGACUUGAGGCGGAGCAAGCUGCCACAUUUGAGUGUGGCGCGCCCAUCAACAGUCCGGGCCCAGGGACCCCUUCAGACGCUCACGCCACCGACAGGGGCAGGCCGCCGGAGUAAAGUAUUACCGACUCC